AUGUCUGAACCAGUUGACCAGAGUAAAGUUAGUGUGGAUAAGGAGGAGAGGCCCAAGGCAUGUUGCGUUUGCAAAGAUGAGAAGUCCGCCCGUGACGAGUGUUUGCUCUUUAAAGGGACAGCAGAUGACAGCGGGUAUGUCAAGUGUAAAGAUCUGAUUGAGAAGUACAAGAGCUGUAUGAAGGGUCAUGGUUUCGAGGUCAAGUGA